GUCCAGCCGCAGGGCCUCCGCGAGCACUCCAAGCUCAACUGGGCCCCUGCGGCGGUCGCGCCCAUGGGCAUCAGCGAGGAAUUUGUCACGCAGAGGUUCGAGGCCACCGGGCACAACGCCUCGCUGCAGAUCCUUUGCCACAACCCCCGACGACGCCGCCUCAAGUGUCGGAAGCUGGAGGGCGCCUUCCGCUCGCGGGCCCUCAUCCUCAUCCAGGAGAGCCACGGCUCGCAGGCGGAGCCGGAGACCAUGCUGGCUCGCCCCCCUUUUUCGGCCUCCUACCACGGCUACUUUCAGGGCCGCGAGUCUGGAGGCGCCGGUGGCCUCGCCGUCCUCGCGCCUGGCCUCGCGCGUGCGGAACGAGAACAGCUUCGCAACGAUGCUGCUGCUGGCCGCUCCCCGUCCUUCCUCAAGCCCGUCGCCACGCCCCGCAGCAUCGUCGACAGCCGCCCACAGCUCAUCACGAUCACCAACCACAACUCCGACCACGAGAUCCGCAUCCUCAACGCGCACAACUACGACCUCAACGACGCCCAGAAGGUCAGGCCCCGCGACGAGUGGACCACCCACACGCUGUGGUCCAACAGCGACCCGCUCCGCUUCGCGUUCAUCGCCAUGGGUGACUUCAGCUUCUCCGACGGGCCCUCGCAGUCGCACCUCGCCCCUCAGCCAGCCAGCGCCGCCAGACCGUCGAGGGCCGCUUGCCGCAGAACCAGAGCUUCUGGCGCCAGCCUCCAACGCCAUCGAGAUCAGCUCUGGCAUCCCGACCCACCUCUCCAAACGUCACCAGACGGGCACCACGAUCGACAGGGUCUUCGCUGCCAUUCCCGCCCCCUUUUCAUCCCGCGCCUCCACUGCGAGCUCAACAUCGCGCAGGACUCGUCGGCGCUUUCGGGCACGCGCUUCAGCGACCACGCCAUUAUGAAGCUCGCGAUCGAGACGCGCCAGCCACCGGCGAAGGACCAGCGCCCACUCCCCGAUUUCGUCUUUCGCUCCAAGCAGCACAAGUCCCUCGUCACGAAGAUGCCCAGCGAAGCAGAGCUGGACAACAUGAAGGACAUUCGCCGCUACGACGUCACGAUGCAGAUCAUGUUCCUGGCCGCCGACCUCGUCCGCAACGAGCUCCAGCGCCUUCCGCUCGGCACAGGCGACGUGAACGCGCUGGAGAGUAGGCGCCUCAAGCCCAGGGCGAUCGCCCGCGCGAUUUGGCGCGCCGAUCUGCCCACCGCCCGCCUCUUAGCUGCCACCGCAGAGCUUGGUCAGAGAUCCCUGGGCGCGUCGGGAUUCCCCCCGCAGCUGCGCGACUCGGCCGAGUUCCAGAAUGCCGCCAUCCGCGACAACCAUACGCGGCAUGAGCGCGAGCAGCACCUAGCG